UAAGUUAUAAGUAAGUGUUUUUGCCAAAAUUGUGGAGUAUUAGCUUUUGAUCAACAGAGUAUUACCUCGCAUCUGCUUGUUUUAGUAAACUGCAAUAUUAUGUCGGGUCCGGAGUGUUGUGAAAAUCCACCAAAGUUGAGCUCAGGCAGCAGUGGAGGAGAAGCAGGUCAUGUCCAACAACUUGGAGGCUUCAGCUGUUAUAUUUCUGGCCCUCCUCAUUCCACUCUUGCUCUCCUCCUUGUUUCUGAUGUUUUUGGAUAUGAAGCUCCAAAGUUAAGGAAGCUUGCUGACAAAGUUGCAGCAGCUGGCUUCUACGUAGUAGUCCCUGAUUUCCUCCGUGGCGAUCCACAUGUAGCUAAUGAUGUGAGGCCUUUAGAAUUAUGGAUAAAAGAUCAUGGACCGGAUCAAGGUUUCGAAGAUGCAAAACCAGUUAUUGAAGCUUUAAAGAGCAAAGGUGUUACUAAAAUUGGAGCAGUAGGCUUCUGUUGGGGAGCUAAGGUGGUUGUGGAACUAGCAAAAUAUGCUUAUAUCCAAGCUGCAGUGCUAUUGCAUCCUUCAUUUGUCGCCGUAGAUGAUAUGCACGCUGUUAAGGUUCCAAUCUCAAUAUUGGGGGCAGAGAUUGACAAAAGAUCUCCGCCAGAGCUUGUCAUGCAAUUCGAGAUGGCCUUAAAUGCUAAGCCCGAGGUUGAUGCAUUUGUGAAGAUCUUUCCGGGGGUUGCACAUGGCUGGUCUGUGAGGUACAAAGACGAAGAUGAAGUGGCUGUAAAAUCUGCUGAAGAGGCUCACCAAGACAUGUUGGGAUGGUUUGAAAAGCAUCUCAAGUAAUACUUGCUUUCACUGUGUAUAAUGCAUGUAUUCCUUGUAUAAUAAUAAUAAUUUGCCAGCCCAUGUACAAAGCAUCUCGUAUUCCUUGUAUGAGUUUGGUUAAUACGCUUAGAAGGGUUUUCGCACCAGCAAAUUAGUUAAAUGAUUUCAUCAGCAUCUUGUCAGGAAUGUGGAUUCCUUGUAUGGAUUUCUCAGAAGCACUGAUCAAUAAACUGAUGUAUUAAACUCUAA